AUGUAUGCGAUGUCUAUUAGUGGAGAGGGUGCUCAGUACUUGCGUGUUCCGCCCGACCCGGGCAUUCAGGCCAGUCCGGCUGCCGCUCUAGGUGCUAGUGCGUCUGCUCCCACAGGUCCUGGUGAGGCUGCAGCCCUAGGUGCUAGUGCGUCCGUGCCCCCUGGUACUGAGUCGACUGCAGCACUGCACACCUUCACACUGGACUCAGGUGCUUCUCGCUCCUUCUUUCGUGACCGCACUGUCCUUGAGCCACUCACUCGGCCAGUUGCUGUCUCCCUUGCUGACCCCUCUGGGGGUCCGGUCAUUGCGACCUCCUCCACUGUCCUUCCUUGUCCGGCGGUCCCGUCCGGCACGCUGUCAGGUCUCUACCUCCCCUCGUUCUCUACGAACUUGGUGGCAGGUAGUGCGCUCCAGGACGGGGGUGUUCACCAGUUCACCCCCGCCUACGAGCGCGUGACACACUGCACGUGUGCUCGGACGGGUCGCCACCUGGCUACCUUCACUCGGGAGCCGGGGUCGGACCUUUACACACUGACCACUGAGUCCCCUCAGGUAGCUGCGUCCGCGUCUGCGUCUGCGUCAGGUCAGCUGUCCGCCCCCUGCUCGUGUUGCUCUCUGGCGCAUGAGACUGUCCUUUGGCACCACCGCCUUGGUCACCCGUCUGUGCAGCGCCUUCGGGCCAUGCACAAACGGGACCUUGUUGCUGGUCUUCCCAGGGUACUCCCUCCCCUUCCAGACUCGCCUGCUCCUCCCUGUAUUCCCUGUGUCGAGGGGCGGCAGCGCGCCGCUCCUCACUCCUCCUCCUUUCCCCCGACGACUGCUCCUUUGCAGACGCUCCACUUGGACGUGUGGGGCCCAGCCCGCGUCCGUGGCCAGGGUCAGGAGAGGUACUUCCUGAUUGUUGUUGACGACUUCUCGCGCUUCACCACGGUCUUCCCCUUGCGCGCCAAGGGUGACGUCCCUGAUGUAUUGAUCCCCUGGAUCCGCAGAUCUCGUCUCCAGCUCAGUGAGCGUUUCCGCUCCGACUUCCCUGUCCUGCGUCUGCACUCUGACAGAGGUGGGGAGUUUACCUCUGGCCUCUUGGAGGCCUUCUGUCAGCAGGAGGGCAUUGAGCAGUCGUACACGCUUCCGGCCUCUCCACAGCAUAAUGGGGUUGCUGAGCGCCGCAUUGGUCUAGUCAUGGAGGUCGCUCGUACCUCCUUGAGCCAUGCGGCUGCCCCCCAUUUUCUGUGGCCGUUUGCAGUCCGAUACGCUGCGCAUCAGCUCAACCUCUGGCCCCGUGUUUCCUUGCCCGAGACUUCUCCGACACUGCGUUGGACGGGAGAGGCUGGCGAUGCGUCGCGUUUUCGGGUCUGGGGAUCCCGAGCUUUUGUCCGCGACACGUCCGCGGACAAGCUCUCCCGUCGCGCUGUCCCCUGCGUCUUCCUUGGCUUUGUCCCGGACGCCCCUGGCUGGCAGUUCUACCACCCCACCUCGCGUCGUGUCCUGGCCUCUCAGGACGUCACUUUUGACGAGUCCGUCCCCUACUACCGCCUCUUCCCCUACCGCACUGCCCCGCUCCCCCCCCCACCUCUCUUCCUCGCUCCAGGUGCUGAGGUACCAGACCCCCUCCCCCCUCAGGGUGCCGCUCCCUCAGGUGUGUCCCAGGUAGACCCGGGUGAGCCUGUCGAGGUAGCUGUUGACUCUCGUCCUGCUAGGGGUGCUGAGCCUGGGGGUGCUGCGUCUGGGGGUGCUGAGCCUGGGAGUGCUGAGUCUGGGGGUGCGGAGCCUGGAGGUGCAGAGCCUGGAGGUGCUGAGCCUGGGGGUGCUGAGUCUGGGGGUGCUGAGUCCGGGGGUGCUGAGCCUGAGCGUGCUACACCUGGAGGAGCCCUCUCCUCCCAGCAGCUGCAGGAGAGGUACCUCGAGUACUGCCGCCUCCGGAGAGGUGCUGCUGGAGCUCGUCCCGGUACUUCCCCUCCUACCCGGGAGCUCCCCCCCAUUCAGCAGAUCCGCGAGUGGUACACACGGCGCUGCAGUCUUCGGAGUGGUGCUCCUGGUGCUGCGGACCCUGGGGGUGGCGCUGCUGCUGGUGCUGAGGACCCGGACGUUGGAGCUGCUGCUGGUGCUGCGGACCCGCCUGGUGGAGCUGCUGCUGGUGCUGAGGACUCGGACGUUGGAGCUGCUGCUGGAGCUGAGGACCCGGGCGGUGGCGCUGCUGCUGGUGCUGAGGACCCGGACGUUGGAGCUUCUACUGGUACAGAGGACCCGGCCGGUGGAGCUGCUGCUGGUGCUGAGGACUCGGACGGUGGAGCUGCUGCUGGAGCUGAGGACCCGAGCGGUGGCGCUGCUGCUGCUGCUGAGGACCCGGGCGUUGGAGCUACUACUGGUGCUGAGGACCCGGCCGGUGGAGCUGCUGCUGGUGCUGUGGACCCGGACGCUGGAGCUCCUACUGGUACUGAGGACCCGGCCGCUGGAGUCUCUUCUGCUUCUGGAGACGCUGCGCGGCCGCGACCGUACUUCGUACCGCUCCUUCAGCAGGUUCUUGGGCAGGCUCCUCCUCCUUGUCCUCCUCCCUCCGUGGAGUGUCCUCCGCCUGUCCAGCCGCAGUCACUGUUACCGCCUACCUCGCCUCUCCCUGCUCCCUCUCCUUACACUGGUCCCACAGGAGGUCUUACAGAGCGUCGUGAGCCUGAGUCUCGUCCUGCGUCGCCUGUUCGUCCUGCUCGCACUGGUAGUCGUGUCCGUCGUGAGCGUCCUCCUCCUGUCCCAGGCACUCACUACAUGACUCUGCGUCCCUCUACUGCUCCUCAGCGUGUCCCUCUACCGUCUCCUCCUACGUCCUCUUUGCCUGACGUUCCGGCCCCUGAGUCUGACCGGUAUCGUGCUGAGCACCCUACUGUCACGCGUCUCCUCGCUACUGUUGUCACUGACCCUACCUUUGAGUCCUCGGCUGCGUCUGCCUUGGUCGCUGAGCUUGUUGACUUUGCUGCUGCCUGUCGUCUAGACUACGCCGCUAGUCUUGUUGCUGAGUCUCAGUUUGUCUGUCCUUCGUCCGUCGGGGGUGAGUGUGCUCUUGGCACGGACGUCCUUGAGGACAGACAGGAGGAGUUCCAGUGUCUUGCUGCUGCUUUGCCCCGUCUCGUGUCCUUGCUAGUUGCCCCUGAGGGAGACCCGGAUGCACCAGACAUCCCGACCCCGCGCACUUACGCUGAGGCGAUGGCGGGUCCCUACUCCUCUCAGUGGCAGACAGCCAUGGACGCCGAGAUGGCUUCCUGGAAGUCCACACGCACCUACGUCGACGAGGUUCCCCCUCCUGGGGCGAACAUCGUCAGUGGCAUGUGGAUUUUCAGGGUGAAGCGGCCGCCGGGUUCUCCGCCUGUCUUCAAGGCGCGUUACGUGGCUCGAGGCUUCAGUCAGCGAGAGGGAGUUGACUUCUUCCAGACCUUCUCCCCCACCCCGAAGAUGACUACUCUUCGGGUGCUGCUGCACAUAGCCGCUCACCGCGACUACGAGCUUCACUCACUUGACUUCAGCACUGCUUUCUUGCAGGGCAGCCUGCACGAGGAGAUCUGGCUGCGCCGCCCACCUGGCUUCACUGGGUCGUUUCCUCCUGGUACCCAGUGGAGGCUUCAGCGGCCGGUCUACGGUCUCCGCCAGGCUCCGCGUGAGUGGCACGACACACUGAGGACUACACUUGCGGCUCUUGGGUUCGCGCCUUCUACAGCUGACCCGUCGCUGUUCCUGCGCACCGACACUUCGCUGCCGCCGUUCUACAUCCUCGUGUACGUCGACGACUUGGUCUUUGCCACUGCUGACACUGCAGGACUCGCCUACGUGAAGUCGGAGCUGCAGAGGAGACACACGUGCACAGACCUGGGUGAGCUGACAAGCUAUCUUGGCUUGCGGAUCACCCGGGACAGAGCACGGCGCACCAUCACCCUGACUCAGUCACACAUGGUGCAGCAGGUUCUCCAGCGCUUCCGCUUCACGUACUCCUCGCCUCAGUCCACUCCUCUGCCUACCGGUCACUCGCUCUCAGCUCUGCCUUCGGAUGAGUCUGUAGAGCCGAGUGGCCCGUAUCCAGAGCUUGUGGGCUGCCUCAUGUACCUGAUGACCUGCACUCGACCUGACCUUGCAUACCCUCUUAGCAUCCUUGCACGCUAUGUCGCUCCUGGCCGUCACAGGAAGGAGCACAUGGAUGCCACUAAGAGGGUGUUGCGCUACUUGUGCAGUACGUCGGGCAUGGGGCUUGUGCUUGGAGGGCGAGACCGAGUUGUUCUCACAGGGCACUCAGACGCUUCUUGGGCAGACGACCAGGCCACUCAGCGGUCGUCUCAGGGUUACACCUUCAGCCUUGGCUCUGGCUCAGUUUCUUGGCGCUCUACACGCUCUUCUUCUGUUCUCGGCUCCAGUUGCGAGGCUGAGAUCUACGCUACAGCCAUGGCUGCCCAGGAGCUACGCUGGCUGACCUACCUGCUGACCGACCUCGGAGAGCGGCCUCGUUCUCCUCCAGUACUGUACGUCGACAACAAGGCUGCCAUUGCAUUGUGUGAGGAGCACAGACUGGAGCACAGAACGAAGCACAUCGCCCUGCGGUACUUCCUUGCUCGUGAGCUGCAGCAGCGCGGUCAGCUUUGUAUUCGCUACGUGGCCACUGAGGCCAACACUGCUGAUGUGUUCACCAAGGCGCUUCAGCCUCGUGACCAUCAGCGCUUCUGCACUCUACUAGGCCUUGUGCCUACUGGACCUCACUUACUUACCUCUUGA